AUGGAGAAUACAACCCUGAAUUUCAGUUGUCGACCCGAGCCGAAACCGGAACAGAUCCUUGGAGACGGUGUUGUUUCAACCCUUGUUAUCAUUUGCCUUUCAUGUCUCCCUGUGUUGACAAUAUUAGGAAACCUCUUGGUUAUUAUAAUCAUCAUCAGACGCAGUAACUUCCGGCAAAAAGCCAAUGUCUUUGUAGUGUCUCUUGCCAUCGCCGACAUCGCUGUGGCGAUAUUUGUGAUGUUAUUCUCAAUACUACAGGAAGUGAGCAACAUGGCGUGGCUGACGGAUCCAAAUAUAUGUCUGAUGGCGUGGAGUUUUGACGUCAUGUUCACAACGACAUCAAUUCUACAUUUGAUGUGUAUGACAAUAGAUCGGUACGUGGCGAUAUGCUUACCUUUUAAAUACCAUGAUCUUAUCAGUCAAAAGUGCGUGGCGACUCUACUGAUGCUGUGUUGGUCACUACCUGUAGUCAUUUCGUUUGGAUUGAUAUUUGGCAAAGUUCAUAUGAUCGGCAUAGAGGAAUAUUAUUCAUGCUCCUCUGAGUGCCACUUCAGAGUUAAUGCUUAUUAUGCGGUUAUAUGUUCAGUUAUUUCAUUUUACAUUCCAUCAAUAUUCAUGUUAGUGCUAAAUUUUAAGAUUUUCUGGAAUGUCCGUGUUCGAACACGACAACUUCGACAAAUGACUGACGGUAUGGCAGUGCAGUCAAAACAAAAGGAACACUUUCUAAUGAGGGAGGCUAGCGUGGCGAGGACAAUAGCCAUCAUGUUAGGAUGCUUUCUCAUAUGUUGGUUGCCCUUUUUUGUUUUCAACGUCAUAGAUCCUCUGUUGAACUAUACUAUUAGUGAAGUACUUUGGAAGAUAGUGACCUGGUUCGGCUAUGUCAAUUCAACCAUUAAUCCCUACUUGUACUAUUUCCGCAACAGAAAAAACAGGCCUUGUAUUUAUAAAUCUAAUGUCGUGAUGAAAAGAGCAGGAAGUUGUAAAGGUCAUCAAGUGUAA